GCUCGUCUAUGCGGUUUGCCCUGCCUUGCCUUAAGGGAGUCAGUUGUGCAAAACUUACCAGCGGCUUUGCAGGUCUUGCUCGCAUACGCGAGCGUGCCGACUGCGACAUGGGCAAGGCUCGAUAUCUACGAGGUGGGCAUUUGAUCGUAUGCAUGAGUUCUCCCUGGGUGACCUAUCUCUUCAGUCGACGAUUUUCCGAGAUCGAGGUUGCUGGUGCGAAGAUAUGAACAUCGAUGGUUCAUGUUGCCUACAGUUGUGAGAUGUUUACUUUCAUUCACAGAUUCGACCUGGGUGGACAAGAGAGCCGAUUCAAU